GGGAAUUUACUUAGGAGUGAGAGAAGAUGGAUGAUUGAUGAGAGAGUAGAAUCGAUGGAGAGGUGCAGCGGAAACUUGGCAGAUGGUUUUUUAACCUUUUCCCUCUUCAAAAAUAAUUCGCGAUUCCACAUUCGCAUCUACCACUCUCUCUUUCUCUCUCCACAUUUACUUACAUACAAUAGCUGCACUAUAUCCCUCUCUCUCUCUCAACACAUAUCCCUCUCUCUGCAGGGCGGUCUGGCAAUACGAUGUGAUUGAACAUGGCUAAAGCCAGAGCCUGCCCUUUCUUUCCAUUGCACAUUUUUCAACAAUCUUUACCGCAUUUGUAAUUAUAUUCCUGUUCAUCAUCUCCCUCCUUUCACUCUCUCCCUUUCACUCAUUUAGGUGAAUCCAAGACUCCAACCUUUUGCCUAGUGUAGCACUUUCUCUUCUAGCUUGAUAUCCAACUUCCCCAUUUGUCACUUUAGGUGUAAAAAUAUCUCAUCUUGGAGGUCUAGAUAGACUGUAAUUCUAUCUAUGAGAAGUGGGCUAUGGCUGGUUCUUGCAAAAGAUAUGUUCUUGGAUUUCUGGUGAUGCUGCUGACCUUUGCUUCUGUGGAGUGUCAUGGUGAUGGUAUUGUUUUGCUGUAAGUAAAGAAGUCUUUUAGAGAUGUUGAUAAUGUGUUGUAUGACUGGAUGGACUGACACUCCAUCUUCAGACUAUUGUGUUUGGAGAGGAAUCGGUUGUGAUAAUGCCACCUUCAAUGUGGUUUCACUAAAUCUUUCAGGCUUGAAUCUUGAUGGGGAAAUUUCACAUGCUAUAGGGCAGCUAAAGAGCCUGGUUUCUAUUGACUUGAGGGCGAAUCAACUCUCCGGCCAAAUCCCGGAUGAGAUUGGGGAUUGCUCUUCUUUAGAGAGCUUGGACCUAUCAUUCAAUAAGCUCUUUGGGGAUAUCCCCUUCUCAAUUUCAAAGCUUAAGCAACUAGAGACUUUGGUUCUGAAAAAUAAUCAGCUAAUUGGUCAUAUCCCUUCAACACUCUCGCAGAUUCCUAACUUGAAAAUUCUGGAUUUGGCUCAGAAUAGGUUCAGUGGAGAAAUACCAAGAUUGUUAUACUGGAAUGAAGUUCUUCAAUACCUGGGACUUAGAGGUAACAACCUCCAAGGUUCAUUAUCUUCGGAUAUGUCCCAGCUAACCGGACUGUGGUAUUUUGAUGUUAGAAAUAAUAGCUUGAGUGGUUCGAUUCCUGAAAACAUCGGCAACUGCACUUCGUUCCAGGUUUUGGAUUUGUCGUACAACAAUUUCACGGGAGACGUUCCAUUCAAUAUAGGAUUUCUUCAAGUUGCUACCUUGUCCUUGCAGAAUAACCAUUUCUCUGGGCAGAUUCCAUCAGUUAUUGGCCUAAUGCAAGCAUUAGCAGUUUUGGACCUAAGUUUUAAUAUGUUGAGUGGAACGAUCCCGCCAAUUCUUGGAAAUUUAACUUACACCGAGAAACUGGAAUUGAACGAUAAUCAGCUCACAGGGCGUAUUCCCCCAGAACUUGGGAAGCUAACAGAUUUAUUUGACCUAAAUGUAGCUAAUACAAAGAAGAAGAAACUUGAUUGGAACUCUCGUCUCCGCAUUGCACAGGGGCUCGCAUAUCUUCACCAUGAUUGUAGCCCUCGGAUCAUCCACAGGGACGUGAAGUCGUCCAACAUUUUACUCGACAAGGACUACGAAGCUCAUCUCACAGAUUUUGGCAUCGCCAAGAGCCUAAGCACAUCCAAGACUCACACGUCGACGUUUUUGAUGGGGACUAUUGGCUACAUCUAUCCUGAAUAUGCUCGGACAAACCGUCUAACAGAGAAAUCUGAUGUCUAUAGCUAUGGGAUUGUGCUUCUCGAGCUGCUUACCGGAUGGAAAGUCGUGGACAACGAGUCCAAUCUCCAUCAACUGGUUCCGGUGGCUGCGGUGUACCGGUGAUAUACCUGUUUGCUCGUCUUCCCACGAUGGCUACUCUCAUCAGCCGUUUCCAUAGGGGAUAAUUCAUCCCGUUGAGUUUAACGGCUAGAGUAACAUUCUUACUCAUCUUUAAUCGUGUCUCCUCCAUAUUUGGUUUCUCUUCAUCGUCUGACAUGUUGCAGGUUGAAAAUAACCGCCUUCUUGGUCGGGAAAGGUAUUAGGCUAUGAUGAUUUUGUUAUGAGCCUUUGCUCUGGUACCAUGUUGAAAGAUAUGAGUAUUAUUCAUUCAACUUGUUCAGAGAAUUACAAUAGGAAAUUAAGGACUUCAUUUCUUGAAGGACUAUGAUUUGGUGAUCAGAUUCUGGAAAAGGCAGCAAACAGCUCAGUGAUGAAACUGUGGACCCCGAGAUCACGGAGACGUGCUCGGAUCUCGGAGAUAUAAAGAAGGUGUUUCAACUUGCCCUGUUGUGCACAAAGCGACAGCCAUCGGAUAGGCCAACGAUGCAUGAGGUGGUUCGUGUGCUCGGGAGCCUAGUGCCCCCUCCGGAUGCUAAACUGACGCCUCCGGUGUCUCUCCCGUCCAGCAAGGGUGAUUGCUAUGCAAAUCUCAAGACUCCUCACUUGAUCAACUGCCCUUCCAUUAGCACAUCAGAUGCCCAACUCUUCCUAGAAUUUGGUCAAGUGAUUUCUCAGAAUAAUGUCUGAACUAUGAUGAUAGGAAAAUAGAUAAGAAUCCAAGAAUAUGUUGUAGAAAAACUAAAUGGCAGCAGCCGCAGUUGUAAUUAGAAGCUGUCUAGUUAAUUAGUAUUUUGUAACUUGAUCAAUUUAAGAUGGGAAUUUGGUAUGAAAAAAGUAGGAAUUAUUGGGAUUUAGGUAAGGGACAGACCACUCUCUAUCUCUUGAUACCUGUGUGUGUCUCUCUGUCAUGGAGAUUUUGGGCUCACACUCUUAGGCAGAUGGGUAUAAGUGUUCGUACAUAAUAAUAGUUGUUGUGGACCAUCUUAUCUUGAUAGACUUGUGGGGCUAUGCCUUCUUUAAUUUCUGCUCUCCAUUCUUCCAUGGAAGCCCUCCAUCUAUACCUAACAUUCGACAUGAUGACGUCUUCUUGGUUGAGCUAUAUCGUCACUUGUGCUCGACAAUGCGUUCUUGGUGGAGCUAUAUUGGUAACACGCUUUCCCUCUACACGUGGGGGAUGGGACGCUUGCAAUGCGUCAUGUCCCCCCUCCCCCCAUUGAGCAUCCACGUUAUAUUUUUGCCACAAUGCAACUAUAUUUUGUAAUGACUUAAAAUGACAAUUGCAGUUUCAAUAACAAUUGGUAUUUUUAUCUUU